CAUACGCGAAACGAAAUGUCAAAAAAAAUGAAAAUAUUAUAAUUGAAAUUAUUUCAAUUGUUUUUAUUAAAAUCAUAUCAGAAAUGGAACAAGCAACUAUUAAAACAGAAUACGAUGUAUAUCCUGAGGUCGAGGUACAGUACGCCGAAAGCCAACAUCAAGAAAUCAUCUGCAAUGACGAUAUAAAAGAAGAACGAAUUGAGAAUGUUUGCGACAAUAAUAUUAAUAAACUGAAAGAAGUUUACGAUAACUACAAUGAAGGACAAACAACCAGUAGCAAUGCAACAAAGACUGUAUCAGAAGCUCCCGGGCACUUCCCAUGCCACAUAUGUGGUGCAGUCUUCGAUCAGCUCUUCCAAGUCACCCGACACCUCAACGAACAUGUUCGACGAACCUUUCCGUGCGACCACUGCAGCUGCAUCUUUAACUAUGAGUCCGACUUGGACACUCAUCUGCUUAUACAUACCCUCGGGGAACAGUUAUUCGACUGCGAUGUCUGUCAAGAGAAAUUCCCGAGCCAAGAAUUACUAGAAGCACACAAAGAUGUCCAUAAAGACAACAGCGAAGGCAUCCCAUGUCAAAUCUGCGGAGUGAAAUUAAAAGCAAAGUACAGUUUAAAAAUUCAUAUGAGCGCUAAACAUCUCUCCGUUCAACCGUUUUCUUGCGAAGUCUGCGGGAAGCUUUUCCCGGCGCAAUGGAGGUUGACGGAACACAUGAAACUGCAUACCGGAGACAGCUUGCCUUGUACAUUCUGCGAUAAACAUUUCAUUUCUCAAAGCAAGCUCGAUAUGCAUCUAAAGACUCAUACCGGUGAGAAACCGUUCGAGUGCAAAGUUUGCUACAAGCGUUUCUCAAGAGAAUCCAACUUAAAAGUACACAUGCGUUUACAUACAGGAAUGAAAAACUUUGCUUGUGAUAUAUGCGAGAAAGCUUUCUACACAAACUCAGAUUUAACGUCUCACAGGAAAAUACAUGACAAGAAUAAACCGAGGCCUUUUAAAUGUCCGGAUUGCGAAUCGGCGUUCGCUUUAAAAACUCAACUCAAGAACCAUUAUAUGGCUGUCCACAGUACCGAGACACCAUUCUCAUGCGAAAGCUGUAACGUUAAGUUCAAAACGAAAAAGGCCUGGAAGUAUCAUAUGAUGCAACAUUCCGACGAGAGGCCGCAUAAGUGCAGUGUGUGCGACAAGGGGUUCCUGAUCAAGCAUCUCCUGGUGAAGCACAUGAGAACACACACCGGGGAACGACCGUACGGUUGUCAGUAUUGCGACAAAAGCUUUAAAUCUAGAUCGAAUUUAAAUACUCAUAUGGGUAAUGUUCAUAAUGAUGUUAAGAAAGCUCAAAAAGCAGAAACUGUGUAAAACUGUAUUUCUCAAACUAUGGGUCGCGACCCACGGUGGGCCCUGAAAUUAAUAGGAAAUCUGAGGGUUACCAAUAAUGUUUUAUGCCCCCUUUUUAAGGGCUAAGACUUGGGCUCCAGAAAUUGCAGUUUUUGUGAGUUGGGUCGGAGCUCAGUCAACUUUGGGAACCCCUGGUGUAAAAUAUUACAAUGUAUUAUUUUAAACUGAUGUUAUUUUAUGAAAUGUUGAACACCAUUUUAGAUAUUAAGCAUGAAAAGGGUGAUUCUGUUUUGCGAGAGCUUAAUAAGAGUGUUUUUAUACUUUCCGAUCCAAUAUCGGAUGUAGGAUCCUACGUCAACAAUGUCGGAUAGCCUCUAUGAGAAAGACAUACCCGGUAUGCAUAGCGCGCGGCUGCCGCGCGAGCCAAUGUUCGAUGCUUUAUAAUGUGAAGGCCUGUCUCCAUAUUGCGCGGAAAACUAUCGAACAUUGGCUCGCGAGCCAAUGCCAAGCCAAUGUUCGAUAGUUUGCCGCGCAAUAUGGAGAUAAACCUUUAGAGAGUAUCAUAUAGCAUGAUGGCCACCUUUUUUGGGUUAACAUUUUAUGCCAUGCGGAUCUCUCUGUUCUCUGAUUAAAUAAAUACAGAAAAACAUCUGUUAUACAUUUUUAUACUUAUACUUAUUGUAUAGGAUCGGACAAUGUGAAAACGCUGAUAUUAAAUAUGUCACGAUUAGGUAUUUAUUACUUUAAGUAUAAAAAAAUAUUCAUUUUUAUUUAUUAGCAUGCUUUUGAGAUGUAAAUAGAUAAUAAUAAUUUGUAUCCAAUAAAACAAGCUAGAUAGUUGA